AUGGCUACUAAGUUCUUGGCACCUGCCUCCUCUUCUUUAGCCUCAAACAACGUUGUCAGGGCAAAUAGUUUCGUGUUUCUCCCUUCUGCCAGCGAUGUUAGAAGGCCGGCAUAUGUGAGAGUUCAGGCAACCUGGAACAACAAAGAUACAGCAGUCGAUGUGCAGCAUGGCGGCAGCACCAACCAACGCGUCGCUGUGCAAUCCCGGCCCCGGAGGUUGGCUAUGGACAUCUCUCCUUUCAGAUGGUUGGAGCCUCUGUCUUCAACGAGGACAAUGCGCCAAAUGUUGAACAUGAUGGAUCGGCUCUUCCAGGACAUGGCAUCAUUCCCUGGUCAGAGCCGGGCCAUGGGGGAAGCAUACUCGCCAUGGGAUAUCAAAGAUGAAGAAAAUGAAAUCAGAAUGCGCUUUGACGUGCCAGGACUCUCCAAAGAAGAUGUCAAAGUCUCUGUGGAGGACAACAUACUCGUCAUCAAAGGCCAGCACAAGAAGGAAGAAGAGAAAGAUGAGGGGUGGUCAAGCAGGGGGUACAGUUCCUAUGACACCAGGCUGCGUCUUCCUGAUAAUUGUGAGAAGGAUAAAGUGAAGGCAGAAUUGAAGAAUGGGGUUCUCUACAUUUCCAUUCCUAAGACCAAAGUAGAGAAGAAAAUGAUUGAUGUGGAGAUUAAUUGA